AUGGCGUCGAAUAACUAUGUAGCGCUCAAGGGCAAACAGAAGCGUCGUCUGUACGAGCCUAUCGUCUUAUACAAAGCUCUGACUGAAAUCACCCACGAGGAACGUGCUCUCAGCCAAGCAGAAGUCCCCAACAACCCACUUACAGAAGAGCAAGAGUACCAUAGGUUUCUUCACAGUCUCGCAAGUGUUUGCGAUAGAGAAAAGGGAGGCAGGACUGUUACUUCGGUUGCGAUUCUUGAUGGAGAGGACAAGUUCACAUACAUCUUUGCUUGCAAUCUGGUAUUUGACAGUGACUUGGAUGACACUAGGGACUUUCUUGCUACUUUGAUUGGGAGAUUGUCCGGCUUCCAUUUGCUUGAGAAUAUUGCAAAAGGGCCUGCUCGGGAUGGUAUUCUCGAGAUGAUACUUGCGUUCGACUCUCCCAGGAUUGGCUGUUACCUGGGUGCAUUAAGAAAGAACAUUGCCGAAUGUUUGCUAUUCUGUCAGCAAGCACGAGGCCAAAAAGCUAAAAUCGGUAAGGGGUUGGAGGUUUUGAGUGGCGCUAUCGAACGAAUUACCUUCUCGGAAACGGAUGGUGGCCUAUGCUUGUCACAUUUCAACAGCCUUCUCCAAGCUCUCAAGUCCUUUCUGACACUACGAACGACAGAUUACAUACAAAGCAAUGCCACGGCUGGCCGGUUCAGAGAUGGCAGAAGCUUCGAGUGCUGGUCAGAGCUACGACACACCAUCUCCCGUCUAAAAGGCUACGAAAGGAUCGUACAGCACUUGAUUAACUCAGAAAAAGCUUGGCCAGAGCUCUUUCAAGAGUUUGUUGUCGUCCCUAUCAACUCGACCAAACCGGAAUCAAACCCUCUAGGACGAAAGAGCGAAAGUGCUGAGGCCAUCAUUGGUCGAAUGUGCAGCAAUCAUGCUACAAAGGAACGGUAUCUCGCCCAUGCUAGAAGCUUGGAGUGGGUAAACUUGGAUGAUCGGGUCAAGUCCCAGUGCACUAGGCCCAAAUUCACGCCAUACGUACACGCAGAGGUUCUGGUUCUUGAAUGGAUAAUGGCACAGUCAAAUGUGGUGUUCUUUAGCGAUUGGAGAUACAUAGGUAGCAGCAAAGGCGCCUGCCAGCUCUGCCGCUACUACUUUGAAGCCUCAGGCCAGCAUGGUAACAUCAAAACGAGGCCGAGUCAUGGAAAUCUCUACGUCAACUGGCGCUUCCCAGACCUCCCAGAGCUCGAAGACUCUUUCGGCAGAACACGACGACAAACGAUACUCAAUUCUAUGAUGACUAAGAUCCGCGAGGAUGCUUUCAAAAUCUUGGUUGAAAAAAGCUCCAAAGGCAAGAGACACGACUCCAGCACCCAUCCUCUUACCUCGGUGUUGUAUGCAAGUACCGAUGUUCGGACUGAUGGGGGUACUCGCGAUCUACCUGAUAUCGAUGAAUUGGGUGAGAGCUUUGCUAAUGCACUAAGUCUGAGGUCGAGGGUUAAUAGUGUGGGAUCUGAUACGGAUGAUGAAGAUGGGGGAAUAUUGCUUGGAUGA